UCCAUCAAUUCUCUUUAUAAACUCAUUCUCCUCCUCGUUUUCCAGCAGGAACGGGCAGAGCUUUAAUUAAAACAAACAUAAUUUUCUCUCAGUCAUUUUAACAAACAUCUUUUCUGCAAGACAUGGGGGCGAAGCUCUGCCUGAUUCUCCUCCUCCUUGCGGCGGCGGCGGUGCCCCACUUCGCCGGCUUCAUCAACGACGGGAUCCCCGGGCUGGGGCGGUUCUACAACGACGACGCCAUUAAUUUCGCCCCCGGCGGCAUCUUGGCCGGAGAAUCGCGAAACUUGCUUCAAAGGGGCAAAUUUCUGAGCUACGCGGCGCUGAAGAAGAACAUAAUCCCCUGCGGCGGCAGGGGCAUGUCUUACUACGAUUGCGCCAAGCGCAUGAAAGCCAAUCCUUACAGGCGCUCCUGCCUCGCCAUCACUGGCUGCGCUCGAUUCACCGAUUAAACUUUUAUUUUAUUUUAUUUUAGUUCACUAUUAUAGUGGGGCCCACAUCUUAAUUAAUGCUUUUUAUCUACUUGAUUAUGCCGGUGUAAGAAUUUUAUUUAUAUAAAAUUCGAGCAUAAUUAGUGGAUAAAAGCAUUUAUUGAACUAAAAGAAAAACUGUUUAUCCCGUCGUUUUUUAUUGUAAAAAAAAAAUCAAUAAAUUCAUAUGAA